CAGUCGCCUUUGCUGCUAGUUACGGAGUCGCUGACAGGGCGGAAAGCGUCGCUCACGUGACAGGCGGACUGCGCGCGGAUUGGCGGAGGGCGCCUCAGGCGGUGUCGCACAUGCGCGCGGCUGGGGUGCGCGCGGAAGAGGUUCAGUUCUGGUUGAAGAAAUAAUUUAGUCUACAUGUGCUUCAGUACCCAUUGGAAGAAUGACAGAUGACAAAGAUGUGCUUCGAGAUGUGUGGUUUGGACGAAUACCAACCUGCUUCACGCUGUAUCAGGAUGAGAUAACUGAAAGGGAAGCUGAACCUUAUUAUUUGCUUUUACCUAGAAUAAGCUACUUGAUGCUAGUAACGGACAAAGUGAAAAAACACUUUCAGAAGGUUAUGAGACAAGAGGAUGUUACUGAGAUAUGGUUUGAAUAUGAAGGCACACCCCUGAAAUGGCAUUUUCCAAUUGGAUUGCUAUUUGACCUUCAUGCAUCAAAUACAGCCCUUCCUUGGAACAUCACAGUACAUUUCAAGAAUUUCCCAGAAAAGGAUCUACUGCACUGUCCUUCUAAAGAUGUGAUUGAAGCUCAUUUCAUGGCUUGUGUAAAGGAAGCAGAUGCCUUAAAGCACAAAAGUCAAGUCAUCAAUGAGAUGCAGAAAAAGGAUCAUAAACAGCUCUGGAUGGGGUUACAGAAUGACAAAUUUGACCAAUUUUGGGCCAUAAAUCGGAAACUCAUGGAGUAUCCUCCAGAAGAUAGUGGAUUUCGCUACAUCCCAUUUAGAAUAUAUCAGGUAACAACGGAACGACCUUUUAUACAGAAGUUAUUUCGUCCGGUUGCUACAAAUGGGCAGCUAAAUACGCUGGGAGAUCUCCUAAAAGAAGUUUGUCCUGCUGCAAUUACUCCUGAAGAUGGAGAAAAGAAGAAUCAAGUGAUGGUUCAUGGAAUUGAGCCGAUGCUUGAGACACCAGUACAGUGGCUAAGUGAACAUAUGAGCUAUCCUGAUAAUUUUCUUCACAUUAGUAUUAUUCCCCAACCUACAGAUUGAAGAAUCAGCUGUAUCAGAUAUAAGGAUUAUCCUCAGGCUGGAUUUACCAGGGCAUGUCAACCUUUUACUUAUGUCAGGCUUGGUGGAGACAACCUGACCAGAAAAACCUCACUGCUGCAAGCCAAACAGGAAAAAAGAUCCCAUCACUAGAUAAGGACAAUUGGGCUGGUCUUAGUUUGCAUCACCACUGCUUUUCUCUACUGCCGUCAUUAAACCUCAGUUGUGACAUGAAAGACUUUACAGGACCAUUGAAAGUCUGCUGUUUUCUUGUAAAAUAUAAUGAAGCUGAAACUAUUAGCCUGAAGAGCAAAUGGAAAUAUGUGCCAUCUGAUUUGUAUUUCUGAUUAACAAAUAAAGAAGUGUUUUUCCUAACGUGA